AUCAGUCAUAUCUCAUGAGAAUGAGAUUGGAGUGCUGUGCAUUUUUGACUAAGAAGUUGAAGGAAGAUAAAAAAUUUCUGGACCACGCGUUCUUCACGAGUUCUAUCCGUUUCUAUCUGGAUGGAACUGUGAAACGAGAGAACGUCAGGUUCUGGGGCAAACGGCCCCCAAAUGCUCGAGCAUAUCACAAACAUGCACUAAAGGAAGAUUUGUCAAAGGGAGUGAUCGUAUGGUGCGCCAUGUCCCGGAAAUUUAUAAUCCGCCCCUUUUUCAUCAGAGCUGGGAAGAACGAUGCGCAGUACGUGAGAAUGCUUAAUAAUUAUUUUUUGAAAGCCUUACCAGAAGAAGUGAAAAAGGGCAAGGUGUGGUUCCAGCAAGACAGCGUCCCAAACAAGCAAGUUGCUCCAUUUGUGUUGAAAUGGCUCGAAAGUCAUUUCCCAAGGAGAAUCAUCUCGAAAGGCCUUUGGCCACCAGGAUCUUCUGACUUGAACCCUGCCGAUUCGUUCCUAGGAGGAUUUAUAAAUGAGAAUGUCUAUCAGUCGAAUCCAAAGACAAUAACGGAUUUGAAAAAUGCGAUCAUAAAAGAAUUUGAAGUUGCUCGAGAGAAAGACGUUCCAAAGUAUUUCUUCGACAAUGCCAAAGCCAACUGGAAACAUUGCCAAGAACACGGAGGCACUCUCCUUCCAACUUCCAAGGCAUACACGCCAAAGGGAUGGUCAGAGCCCUGCGGAGCUCGUCGAUGCAUGACAUGUCCAGUCAUGAAGAAAACCUUUUCCCGAAUGCUGAGGGGCGAGAAGAAAACCUGGAAGCACACCAUCGUCGCGGUGGGCGGGGCAAAUUGUAAAACGGAUCACGUCGUUUACAGCAUCACUUGUCAGAUGUGCGAAGAACAGUAUAUUGGCUGCACAACUCAACCCCUGCAUGUUCGAAUAAGAGCCCAUAGAAGUACGAUCCAAGGGAAGCAAGGACAUUUAAAGCCAUUAUACACCCACAUGCAGAGAUGUGUGCCUGAUGAACCUGGGGCGUCGGAUGACCAAAGGAGGGAAACGGAAUUGAAAAGGUGGCGUAUGAUCAGGGUGGACAUACUUCACGCUCCACAAGAAAAAUCCAGGGAAAACCUGGAAGCCCUGGAGAAGGACUACAUCCAACGCUACAACCCUGCAAUAAACGUCAAGAACAAACCAAAGGAACAAAGGAAAAGAGGGCUUCGUGAUGCAGAUGUGGAGAGUGAUGAGGGAUCUGAACCAGAGGCAAAAAAAAAGAAGGACGAAGAUGCAAGAGACGCAUCCAACACCCAGCUGGCUGAUCUUGCUCCGGUGGUAGACUCACGUGAGGAAGAUCCUCAGAUCCUGCAACUCCCACUUACUGCGAACAGUUGCGCCCGCGGUAGUACGGCAGAGGGAGCCACAUGCAAAGCUUCUGAACCGAAUCUUGCCCAGCAAAAACCUUCCCAGAAGAAAGAACAGAAUAAAGAGCCAGCUGUACGUAAAAGGUCAAUAACCAAGACCAUUCCAAUGAAGAAUCUUGACAACAAGGGAUAUGAGGCAUCUACUUCUGGUAAGAAAGAUAACAGGCCUACAGCUGUUGCUAGUCUGACUCCUUCCUGUUGGACUCGUACUACCAUGACAUCAACACAACAAAGGGAUGUCAUUACGGUCUCUCAAUGGGAUCCUGCUCAGCCAAGUCCGUCACAAGAGCUACAGCAGAAUGCAUGCCCGGAUGGAGUAAUGCCUAAGACCACCGAUACAACGAAGGAGAAUCCCAUCAUGCAGCGUCCAACAUCUCCAGUGAAGGAUUCUAACAUCUUCUCUGGCCUCUCUGUAGCUGGCUUGAGUCACGCACCUGCGACGAAACGUGCUUCAACUAUGUCGGAUGGUGUCACACCCAUUCCACGCUUUUCCCUUCCUGCCAAACGUCCUUGUCCGUCACUCUCAAAGACUCGGGGAACCACCUUUGCAAGUGUGGGUACUUGCUCAGACCUGGAUAGACCCGAGAAAUUCAUCAUAGUUGAGCAAAGUAUCAUCGUCGUUCUUGCCAAACGUAGUCUGUCUGUACUCCAGCAUGGCGCGGAGGCGGUGUCUCCCGAGCUGUGA